AUGGUAAACGAUGAGCAAACACUCGCCCAAGUCACUGCUGAUGUGCUGGGAAUACUGCUGGUAGGGUGGUUUACAGCUAUUCCUUACGAAUUUGUAACAGAAAUAGGUGAUUUGCGGCCUCUGUGGGACUGGGCAAUGGACCUAUUAGCCAAUCCCUUGUUGGCUCUGCACUUUGUCUGGGAUGCUCAGCGGCUUUAUAAGCACAACGGGACUCACUUUGAGCGCUUCUUUCAAGAGCCAUGGAUGGGAGACCGCUGGUGGAAUCUUCAAUCCUUAUUACCUGAGAAUGGAGCGCCCUUCGUGUUCAUAUUAUAUGCUGACAAAACUCAUCUUUCAUUGGCUGGUACUGUCAAAGCAUACCCAGUAAUUGCCCGAUGCGGGAAUCUACCAGUCAAUAUUAGGAAUGUCGAUGGUCCCGGAGGAGGGCGUCUGGUUCCCAAGGAUUUAGAUGAGGAUGGCAAACUUUCAUACACAAAUUUGAAGUGUGUUGUAUGGCACGAAUCAUUUUCAAUCCUGCUCACAACUAUCAUGGUUUUAUCUGCCACUGGGUUUGCACAUGAGUGCUACGAUGGAACUCAACGCUGGCUAUUCCCAUUAAUUCUGAUCCUAUCAGCUGAUUAUGAAGAGCAAGAAGAACUCACCGACCAUUCAACGACUUAUCCUAAGUGCACCGUUAAAGAUGCACAAGAUCGUGUCGAGUUAUGGGCCAGAGAUUGCAUUGCGGGCGAGGCAGAACUGAAGAAACAGAGCUUGAGGCCUAUCAAGAAUGCAUUAUGGAAAGUCAAGCUGUCCAACCCACACAAUGCACUCUUGCAAGAUCCACUACAUGUCUAUCAUAAGGGGAAGUUUGGUGAUCACUUGUUUGAUGAGUUCAAGAAACACAUCAAGGCACUUGGAUGCGCCGCUGAGAAGAAGGUUGAUGAACAGUUUGAUGCAUUUCCGCGAUGGCGAAACCUGAACCAUUUCAACCGCGUUACCAACAUAUAUUUUACUGAUGGUAACAAGUUCCAGGACAUAUCUAGGCAAAUUGUGUAUGCAGUACAGAACGUGCUCACAUGCGUGGAAGAUGAAGCUGGCUAUGCACUCUUAAAGUGCAUAGUGAGCUAUCUUCACAUUGAUAUUACUCUUGCAGCUGGAGAGGCGGAGAUCCUCAUGUUUCAGAAACUGUUAGAUGAAUAUAUUGAGGCCCUUGGCGAUGAUGCAACUAAGAAUUGGAAUUUCCCAAAGGCUCAUGCCUUGAAGCAUGUAUUCACUGACAUUAGGGAGAAAGGAGCAGCUCGAAACUUCAGCACCAGACUGAAUGAGAAGCAACAUGGACCGAUCAAACGUGCAUACAAAUUGCAAACAAACGGGAAGGAUAUUGCUAACCAGAUACUUAGACUAGAUCAUAUGACCCUCAUCUCUGGGCUCAUCCGCAGCCAUGUUGACUACCUUGACGAAGAACGACGUAAGGCCAUGCUCUCAGAGAGAGAACUUGAGGAGGAAGACCUAGAUGAUCAACCUUUUGGCGGAUAUAUUCACCUUGGUGCCCCACAACACUCCCUGACCCUUUCGCAGCUCGAAGAAGAAAAUGCAUCCAAGCCUGCCUCUGCACAGUUCCGCAAGAAACUUUCAUUAUUCCUCAACAACUUUCUGCCUGCCUACAACAUACCACUACCUGAUGGCAAAACAUGGUUGAUACUCUCAGCACAAGAUACAGUCCAGGAGCAUCGGUUCCUCAAGGUCAACUACGAGUCCGCUGUGGAUUGGAAGCUCACUACAGAUUAUUUGCGGUGUAACCAAAGCUUUCAUGGCCAUGAGCGAUGCGACUGUGCCCUGAUUCACACCAAUGACAAAGACGUCAAUGACAAGAACAUUUUUGUUCACAUCUUGCUUAUGUUCAAGCACAUGAUUGGCAGCAAGGUUUUCGAUCUCGCUUUAGUUCUACCUAUGGAUCUGUGA